AUGUGUGAAAGUUUGGGUAAUAAGCGUCAUUCUCUAGAUGUGGCAUCAGACGACGAGGUGGUUCUCAGCAGUAGCAGCCUAACCGAGGACAGCGGCUACCUUUCCCUACAAAACAGCCAGGUGGAUCACGGGGAUGUGGAUGGCGCGGACUCACUGGAGAGGAGUGAAGAGAAAUGCGUGUCCUCUCAGUCAUUGGCCGUGAAGUGUCAUUCUGCGCCCUGUCUGCCCGUGUUGAAGUUUCAGGAGGAGGUGUGCAGAGAACUGGCUAAAAGCUUUAAAAAGAGCAAAAGUUACGACUGGACUGUUGUUAAUAAGGUUGCAGAGAAUUACGGGCUGCAUAAUGUGAUCGGUGGGAAGAUGGGACGGCAGUUUGUGGACAUCCUUUGCGGCCUGUUGAGGAAAGACAUGAGGCAUAUCCUUGCCAGGAUAUUGGGCCUGUUGGGAGAUUGUGACUUAGUGAGCUGUAAAAAAGUGAGCCAGACGUGGCGGAAAAUCAUUUGUGAAGAUCAGGUGGCCCUUCGGCGCUGCAGAGAAGCAGAAAGAACGUUAAGGGACUCUGGCCGCCCCAUGGGCUCAUUAUCACGAGACUUCACCUUGAGCAGGGUGGUGUUCUCCUGCAUGCAGACCGUCGCCUCUACGCCCGUUCACAAGGCCAUUAAGAAGCCGCAGUGCAAGACGGGUGGAGCACAAAACGCAUCCAAGCCAAGUCGCUUCCAACAGUUUCAUGAGGUUGCCCGAUCGCUCAAGCAGCAUGAAUCUCUGCGGUCGUGUAUCCUCUGCGGCUCUGCAGCACGGUUCGAUGCAGCCAUGCAGCGGGCCAUAUGCACACGUGGCAGCUGUGCUUUUGACUUUUGCACAUUGUGUCAAUCAGCGUUCCACAGCUCUGCCCCGUGCCGCAAUUCUGUCCGGACCAUCUCCGCUUCACAAAAAACACUCAUCGCCGGCUCGGCUCGAAGCAAAAGGAACGUCCGUCGCCUCUGAGCACCAGACGGGAAAAUGUUACCAGAACUUUUAAAGAGCUACCUUUUAGGAUCUUAACUGUUUUGAAAUACUUUUAAAAAUAGGUGUUUUAUCAUCUUCCUAAAUGUGAAGUGAAUUUGGCCAUGUUUGUGGUCACUGCACAAAGUGAAAAAACUACAAUCAUCCUCUAUGCC